CCACCAAGACAUCAGCAUCAUCUGGCUCGAUAACUCGAGCGUAGCUGGGCUGCAAGUCUUCGCGACGAGGAGGUUGAACCUUCACGAUGGGCUCAUCAGGGCGGCGAGCGGGAGCACUGUUGGUCCCGUUGGUGGGCAUUGGAGCUUUGCCGUUGUCUUCCAUUGUGGUUGUGGUUGUAGAGAUACUUGAUCUGUAUAGAAUGGGUCGCGAUGAGGAUGUUGUUGAUUCAGCAAUCGUGUGUGAAUCGUUCAUGUGAGGUGGCACCAUGUUGGAGAGUGGUUGCUGCUUUAUACAUCUGUCACUUGACUGCUUGUUGUUCGAGCGGGGAAGCUAGUAAACCGACCCCUGCACCUGUAUCCUGCCUUGCGUUAAGACCUUGGCCACCUUCUUGUAGGCUGUGCUGGGAAAGCAAGAUGAGGAAUCUGAACAAUUACCACAGUAACAGAAGUCGUACUGUAUCUGACUCAUUGCUAUGUAUUCGGUUGGAGCGCAACAACACGCGACUCUCACAGCUCUCACUGCGAUCACUUCUCUCAUGCCUCUCACUCCAGAGCGCAAUCCUCAAACUUCGAACGCUUCACGGCUUCAACACCGAUCACACGUCCGAGCGCCACGUGAGAUUGGCACAACAACCUCAAGGCCACCCAUCCGCAGCUCCAAGCAGCCUACAAGUCGGUUAACACGGGUGCCUCGUUUCUCCUAAACCCAAACUGCGCGCACCGGUGUGCCCGUGACGUAGCCAAUUUAUUGCGAGU